AAGAAGCAGCCAGUGAUGAAUCCUCUGAUCAGAGGAGAACGACCCAGACUCACACUAAUGCAUUCACCGCUGUCACACAUGAACGUGUGUUUAACCCAAAGCCAGUUAAAAUAACGUCUCUUUAACGUUGCUGGUAAAUGACGCUGGCGGUUUAACACGUAGCAGCGAAAGUGAAACCAGUGCGGCCCAGUCAAACCAGGCGGUGGCAGCAACACGCAGGAACCGAAGCAGCUCAUGGCGUCGGUACCGUCCGCAAAAGAACCGUGACCGCUUCGGUGGUAGCGGCAGUAAUGAGCCACGCUUUGUUCCGGAGGAAGACGAACAUGGACCGGGUCGUGGUUCUGCUGAUCCUCCUGCACGUUUCCCAGCAUGCCUUGGGUGUGGAGGUGCACGAGGGGGAGGACUGCGUCGUCCUGUCCCUCCAGGUCAACGUCUCCACCUCAGAUAGGUCUACGGUGGUGUGGGACCGAAAGGAUCUGAAGAAGGAGAACGUUCACAUCCGUCAGCCGAGUGGAGACGACUUAACAGAACAGAACCCCAUUUAUGCCAACCGGACCUGGAUGGGGCCGGACGCCCUGCGGACCGGAGACCUCAGCCUCACGCUGAGGCGGCCGGCGGUCACGGACAGCGGAACCUACACCUGCACCGUCCGCCGCCUCGGGCUGCAACUGGCCUCCACUGAUGUGCAGCUGCAGGUCACAGAACCGCCUCUGGUCUGGCCCUGGGUUCUGGCAGGCGUCCUGGUUCCCCUGCUCGUCCUGGGAGCUGGUUUUGGUGUCAUCGCGUUUCUUGCACAUAAAGCGAUGAAGGACAGACUAAAGACCCAGCUGAAGGUGGCGGAGGUGACAGAGGGAGCAGAUAAGGUCACACUGACCUGUACCACCACAGCUGACGUCAGAGGGGACAUCACGGUGGAGUGGAGACGCUCGGUUCCUCACUACAAGAUCAUCCACACCUACAGGGACGGAACCCACCGACCCGAGGCCGACUACACGGGCCGCACAGCCAUGCAGGGGAACCCGACGAAGGGAGAACUCAGUCUGACCCUGCAGAACCCUCGGCUGGAAGAUGGAGGCGUGUACAUCUGCACCGUUUACAACCAAGGAGAGAUCCUGAGACAGAAGAUAGUGGUUCUGAAUGUCAGAGAGACCUGGAUUAAAACCAUCAGGGGCUUGUUCCAGUGCUGCACCAAUCAGAACAACGGUGUCGUUGGUUCUGAGAGGCCCAGAACCACAGGGAACCAGCUCGAAGCAGCAGAAAACCAAGAGCUGAUGCUUGAAGUCCAGAAUGGUUCUGAUCCGAGAGAGCCUGGAACUGACGGCUCUGUGUAAUGUUCUGUAAUAAUGUUCUCAGUAUUUAUCAGAACCCAUCACUGUCAUUGUUAGUUUAUGUAAGAAUCAAACGUGAGGGAGUCGCUGAGCUCCAGACGUCAGCAGCCUGUGAUGACGUCACCUCUGCUCUCCAUCACUGGACGUCCAACGGUUCCGCUGCUUCGCGUCACACUGAUCCAACCCGGAACCAGACAGAACAAACGCGGUUCCAAGCAGAGCGAGCAUGAUCUGGUUCUCCAGGUGUAACGUGGGUCAGAGUUGGAUCACGUGUUCUGUCUGGUUGGGUCGCUGUAACUGGACGUGGUUCUGACCCUGAAGGUGGAGCAUCAAUCACUCAUUUACUAUGAACUGAUGAGACCACGUGUGACGCGAGGAACAGAACCUUCUGGUUCUGCUUUUGUUCUGCUGUUCCUCCCUCGGUGCCGUUCUGGUCUUGGCUCAGUCUUACCGGGUUCAGUCUCUGCAUGUUUACAUGGACACUAAUCAGCUGAUGUGAAACUGCUGCUGAGUCUCACAUCCACUUUCAGACUGAAGGCGAACGGGAAGUUUUAGUUUUUGGUUUUGGAUUUUAUGAGGUUACAUUUGUUUUUAGAUUCAUGUCUUAACUUGUGUUUGAACAGAAAACUGUUUUUAUAAGCUGCAUAAAAACCUUUAAUAAAAGCCAGUUUCUAGA